CCCGCUCUUUCCUCUAUCAAUCCGCAGUGCAGCUAUGGGCUGGUUCAGCGGCGGCAAGGCCUCCGAGACACCAGAUCUGACAUCACGAAAGGACCGAAAGAAGUGUUGGGAGAGCCGCGAUGCGUACUUCGCCUGUCUGGACGGCGCCAACGUGGUGAAACCCGGAGACGAGGGCAACGUUUGUGCAGAUGCACAAGGGACAUACGAGCGUAAUUGUGCCAGGAGCUGGAUCGACUAUUUCAACAAGCGGAGGGUACUUGCUGAGCAGCAGCAGGGGGUCCUGGCCCAGGCCCAAAACCAGGCCAAUGCCGCUGGAAACAGGUAGCCGUUCCGCCGCACACGCAAUGACCACCAGCGUAGGCAUUCUCUCUGUCUCGUGAAGUUGCGCUUCGAAGACUCGACUCUGCUGAGCAACGGCAUGACUAUGUCUGGACAGAUACGUAUGUCAUGACGUGCCCACAUGCUGUCACUCCCACCGCUCAGAUGUAUUCUACACCAUGUAAUAAUCUCAGCGAAGCUUUGAUUCUUGACUAAUCU